CAUGUCUCUGCAAGCACUGAUUUCAAAAACCAAGGAAUCUCGAAGAUCAUCCGGUAGCCUCAAAUCUCUUCUUCAGAGAUCGAAUAGCAGCUCUGGAACCCCACCCGGUAUGGGAGGCUUAGUUCAGAGUGCCGGAUUAUUGGUUGGUGUAGCUCAAAGAUGGGCGAAUAUUGAAUCGAAACCAGCAACACCCCCACCACCCUGUAGACGAGGGAGUCAGCCUGUGGCAAUUUGCAUUGAAGAGGACGAAGAAGAUGGAAUUGUUGUCGAGGACAACGACCCUGGAGAAGGAGAUGACGAUGUUGCUGCAAGGGUUCAAUUGGCCCAGCGCAUGUAUUCUUAUAAAUUGGCAAAAUCUGGUUAG